CGAGAUGGAGACUUGAAAACAAAAUCCCGCUCCAAAUGAACAAACAAUUUAUUUUCACGCAAGAUUUAAAAUUAUAGCGCCAAAACUAAAAAAAACUAAUAAUGUAUGACCAUGAAACAAAAAGGUAUCGGACUUGAAGAUUUUCUUUUGUUCAAAAGGAAAGCAAACGAGUAGAAAUGCAUUCAAAGCAAAAUACAAUUAGGGUUUUGGGUCAACGAUCAAUUCCUUCAUCUUUCAUCUUUCGCUCUUCAAAUCCCGCUAAAGAUUCAAAUCAAGACGAGCAAAGGGAAGAUUCAAGGAAGAGCCCCCGCAUUUCUUUUUCUGAUUUCCUUGACAAGAAGUUGCACAAAAGUUCUGUCCUACCCAAAACAGUUAAGGGGAAGUCAAGGCCUUUCUGGACGCCGUUAGGUCCUCCUAGCAAUGGUGGCGGGUUUACUGGUCACCAAAUUGAGGUUCAAAAGGAAAAGGAAGAAAGGAGUUCUGUUCUUGAUGAUGUAGUUUUUCAGCAGUUUAAGCCUACGAGAGUAGAAAAAGGAGAUGAUGUAAUUUCGGUCGGUGAUGGUGAAAAGGGAGAUGGUAUGGGUCCAUUCAGUGAAAAACAAACUUCUAGCUCUUCAUUUGGCUUAGGUUCAUCUGGUGAUUGUGAUUUUGGAACCUCCACCACUUCAUCUGUUAUAGGUUCAAGUCAUGUUGGUAAAGUAGGAACCUCUACUGUAAAUGACGUGCCAGGAUCCAGAAAGAGGAAUCUAUUUGGAGGUGGUGACCAGAACCAUACUGCACGAAAGCCUUCAUUAGUUUUGGGAGUUCAUCCAAGUCCCAAUCAAAAAGGAAGAAAAGAAAGCUUCAUUGGCAACAAAAAACAAAGGCCUCUCUACAAUCAUUAUGCAAAUGGUUCUGGCUGGUGGGACUGUGACAUGGAAGGUGUCGACUCGGAGGAAGUAGGCUAUGGUGAAAUAUGGGAAGGGGUGGGCUCCACUACAUUUGGAGGAAUAGAGUGGCAUUAAUUAAUUGGUCUGUGAAAAUGCAAAUGGUUCUGGCUGGUGGGAGUGACAUGGAAGGUGUCGACUCAAAGGAAGUAGGCUUUGGUGAAAUACGGGAAGGGUAGGCUCCACAACAUUUGGAGGAAUAUAGUGGGCAUUAAUUCGGUGGUUUGUAUAAGUAUGCUCACUUACAGGAAAAUGCCUUCUCGGAAUGUUUUUUAGUUAUGUUUAGAUUAAUCUAUGUUAAUCAGAUUGUUCUAUAACUCGUGCAAAUCAGGAUGAAUGAAGAGAAUUAGCUCACCCUCUUAUCGUCA